AUGACUUUAAAUAUCUUAAGAGAUGAACGCUCAUCCAUCUUAGGGGACAAAAACAAAAUUUUAGUAGCCAACAGGGGUGAAAUCCCAAUUAGAAUAUUUAGAACUGCACAUGAAUUAUCCAUGAAAACAGUUGCCAUCUAUUCAAAUGAGGAUAGGUUAUCCAUGCACAGAUUAAAAGCCGAUGAAGCUUAUCUGAUUGGUGAAAAUAGUGAAAACAAAUAUACUCCAGUUGGCGCUUAUCUAGCCAUUGAAGAAAUCAUUAAAAUUGCUAAAAAGCAUGGUGUUGAUUUCAUUCAUCCUGGUUAUGGGUUUUUAUCCGAAAACAGUGAAUUUGCUGAUAAAGUUACAAAAGCUGGUAUCACUUGGAUUGGUCCUCCAGCAGAAGUUAUUGACAGUGUUGGUGAUAAAGUCAGCGCAAGAUUAUUAGCUGCCAAAGCAGAUGUUCCUGUUGUCCCUGGUACUCCAGGUCCUAUUGAAACAGUUGAACAAGCUCAGAAGUUUGUUGAUGAAUAUGGCUAUCCUGUUAUUAUCAAAGCUGCUUUUGGUGGUGGUGGUAGAGGUAUGAGAGUUGUUAGAGAGGGCGAUGAUAUUGCCGAUGCUUUCCAAAGAGCUACCUCUGAAGCUAAAACCGCUUUUGGCAACGGUACCUGUUUUGUUGAAAGAUUUUUGAACAAACCAAAGCAUAUUGAGGUUCAAUUACUUGCUGAUGCAUAUGGAAAUGUUAUCCAUUUAUUUGAAAGAGACUGUUCUGUCCAAAGAAGACACCAAAAGGUUGUUGAAGUUGCACCAGCUAAAACUUUGCCAUUAGAAGUGCGUAAUGCCAUUUUAACGGAUGCUGUCAAGUUGGCCAAGACUGCUGGUUAUAGAAAUGCCGGUACUGCUGAGUUUUUGGUUGAUGAUUUGAACAGACACUAUUUUAUUGAAAUCAAUCCUAGAAUUCAGGUCGAACAUACCAUUACCGAAGAAAUCACCGGUAUUGAUAUUGUUGCAGCUCAAAUUCAAAUUGCUGCCGGUGCUUCUUUAGAACAAUUGGGGUUGUUACAAGACAAAAUCACUACUAGAGGAUUUGCUAUUCAAUGUCGUAUAACCACUGAAGAUCCAGCCAAGAACUUCCAACCGGAUACUGGUAGACUAGAGGUUUAUCGUUCAGCUGGUGGUAACGGUGUUAGAUUGGAUGGUGGUAAUGCCUACGCUGGCGCUGUUAUUUCCCCACAUUACGAUUCUAUGUUGGUUAAAUGUUCAUGUUCCGGAUCCACCUAUGAAAUUGUUAGAAGAAAGAUGUUGAGAUCUCUAAUUGAAUUUAGAAUUAGAGGUGUCAAGACCAAUAUUCCAUUCUUGUUGACUUUGUUAACACAUCCGGUUUUCAAAGAUGGUAGCUAUUGGACUACGUUUAUCGAUGACACUCCAGCCUUAUUUGAAAUGCACUCUUCCAAAAACAGAGCCCAGAAAUUAUUGCAUUAUUUAGCUGAUUUGGCCGUUAAUGGCUCAAGCAUCAAGGGACAAGUGGGGCUACCUAAAUUGCAUACACAACCAAUCAUUCCUCAGCUACAUGAUAGUAACGGUGAGGUUAUUGAUGUUAACAGUGUGGCUCCACCAGCCGGUUGGAGAAACGUUUUAUUAAAUAAGGGUGCCGAAGGUUUCGCUAAAGCUGUUCGUGACUUCAAGGGUACUUUGUUGAUGGAUACCACCUGGAGAGAUGCCCACCAAUCUUUGUUGGCAACCAGGGUUCGUACUUACGAUUUGGCUGCCAUUGCACCUACCACUGCGCACGCUUUGAGUGGUGCAUUUGCCUUGGAAUGUUGGGGUGGUGCUACUUUUGAUGUUGCCAUGAGAUUUUUGCAUGAAGAUCCAUGGGAGCGUUUAAGAAUUUUAAGAAAAUUGGUUCCAAAUAUUCCUUUCCAGAUGCUAUUAAGAGGUGCAAAUGGUGUUGCCUAUUCCUCCUUGCCAGACAAUGCCAUUGACCAUUUUGUUAAACAAGCUAAAGACAACGGUGUUGAUAUCUUUAGAGUUUUUGACGCCUUAAAUGAUAUUGAGCAAUUAAAAGUCGGUGUUACUGCUGUUAAAAAGGCUGGUGGGGUUGUUGAAGCCACUGUCUGUUAUUCUGGAGAUAUGUUACAACCAGGCAAGAAAUACAAUUUGGACUAUUAUUUGGACACUGUUAAUAAGAUUGUCAAGAUGGGUACUCAUAUUUUAGGUAUUAAAGAUAUGGCUGGUACCAUGAAGCCGGCUGCUGCUAAGUUGUUGAUUGGGUCCAUCAGAGCCCAGCAUCCUGAUUUGCCAAUACAUGUGCAUACACAUGAUUCUGCAGGUACCGGUGUCGCCUCCAUGGCUGCUGCUGCUUUAGCUGGUGCAGACGUUGUAGAUGUUGCCACCAAUUCUAUGUCUGGGUUAACUUCUCAGCCAAGUAUUUCUGCUCUAUUGGCCUCCUUGGAUGGUGAGAUUGACACUAAUGUUAGUAUUAGCGAGGUCCGUGAAAUAGAUUAUUAUUGGGCCCAAAUGAGGUUGCUGUAUAGUUGUUUUGAAGCCGACAUAAAGGGACCGGACCCAGAAGUCUACUUGCACGAAAUUCCAGGUGGACAAUUGACCAAUUUAUUGUUCCAAGCCCAGCAAUUAGGCUUGGGUGAACAGUGGAUUGAAACAAAGAAGGCUUAUCGCGAGGCGAACUACUUGUUGGGAGAUAUUAUCAAGGUUACCCCUACUUCCAAAGUUGUCGGUGACUUGGCUCAAUUUAUGGUUACCAAUAAGCUAACACCAGACGAUGUUAGACGUUUGGCUUCUUCUUUAGAUUUCCCGGAUUCUGUCAUGGACUUCUUUGAGGGUAUGAUUGGGCAACCAUUUGGUGGUUUCCCAGAACCAUUGAGAACUGAUGUGUUGAAAAACAAAAGAAGAAAGUUGACUGUUAGACCAGGUUUGGAAUUGCCACCGUUUGAUUUGGAAAGAAUAGGAGAAGAUUUGAAAAGUCGCUUCGGGGAUUCUAUUUCUGAGUGUGACAUUGCCUCUUAUAACAUGUAUCCAAAAGUUUAUGAGGAUUUCCAAAAGAUGAAGGAAAAAUAUGGUGAUUUGAGUAUACUACCAACCAGGAAUUUCUUGAGUCCUCCUGUCGUUGGCGAAGAAAUUGUUGUUACAAUUGAACAAGGUAAGACCUUAAUUAUUAAACCGCAAGCUAUUGGUGAAUUGAACAAAGACACUGGUAUAAGAGAAGUUUACUUUGAAUUAAACGGUGAAUUGAGAAAAGUUUCAGUUGUUGACAAGAACCAAAAGGUUGAAACUGUUUCCAAGCCAAAAGCCGAUGCUCAUGAUCCAUUGCAGGUCGGUGCGCCAAUGGCUGGUGUCAUUGUUGAGGUUAAAGUCCAUAAAGGUUCUUUGCUUAAGAAGGGUCAACCAGUUGCAGUCUUAAGUGCUAUGAAGAUGGAAAUGGUUAUUUCUUCACCAAGUGAUGGUUUAGUUAAAGAAGUUUUGGUUAAAGACGGUGAAAAUGUUGAUGCCUCAGAUUUGUUAGUUUUGUUGGAAGAAAACGAUGAAGAAGAAAAAUGA